GUGAAUUCUCUGCAUGUUCCUCCCCCUAACCCCUCACUCAUCUCGGUGCUUACUUUUAACGACUGGGCUGACAUCAUUUGGCCUUCUACUUAUGACAAGGAAUCCUUCCCGCAGAUGUCUAGGGACUAUGUCCUAGGGGCCAAGGAGUUAGUGGAAGAGGAUCUGUUGGUUGAGGCUACGAUCAGGGAUGAAGUCUUGAUGACGGAGAAGGUCUUCAUAGAGCUAUGGAAUGCGGUGUCUGAAUUUCACGCGGACUUGGUCCAACCCAUGCCCCAGGAGCCCUGUGGAUCAGAGCCGGACUCUGAUGAGGAUGAUGACCUCCCUCUCACAGAGGAGGAAAGGGCAUUCCACACUAAGUUUGUGGCGGAAUCGGGUGCCCAGUUAGCCAUCAGAUUAGCAAAGGAGAGGACGAAGGGUGUCAAUAAAUUCACUCGUAAUGCCUUUCUCCCAAUCGCUCCCCCUAGAUGGAUUGAGUCGGAGGCGAAAUCUCUUGGGGACAAGGUAUGGGAGUUUGAGACUUUUAACCACCUGGCCCCCAUUAGUGUCAAUGCCUAUAGGCCGUUGGCAUCUCUCACGGAGGAGGAGGUUAACCUCUGUCAGGAGGGGGCGCUUAAUGAGAACACGAAGUGUCGCGAUGUCGCCUGUAAAGACGACAAUGACCGAUAUGUGGCUCUCACCGGGUCGGGACAGGAGCGCGUCUUCGGCUCUGACGUACGUCCUCUCCUGUGGCAGCGUACAGCGGGGGGCGCUUCUUCGGCUCUGCGUGGAUUUGGAUCUGCUGGAGGGUUGAGCAGUGGGCGUGUCUUUGGCGGCUGUGGCAGGCGUCACGCUGCGGAGGCGGAACGAUUCUCCGAGAUGGACUUUCUCGGCUGCGGGCAAGGUCUACGUGAAGUAGAGAUCGACGCGGUGGCAAUGGCGGUGACUGCCGUCGUCGUCAACAUGAUGAGCGGCAUGUCGUCGUCCUCACGCGACAUGUUGACGCAGCUCCGUAAAAGAAGAGCGCAGUUGCAGAGCAUUGCCGAAGCGCCGGAUUGCGUGGCCACGUGUGAGGCAGUCAUUCAUUUGUGUGCUGCGCUCUCGUCUGGCGUUUUUCCGCUGCAGACCCCGCGUUGGCGGAUUAGACGACGGACUGGCGGAACAUGGGAGGACCUCCUCCUGUGUGAUGACGCGAUGGACGAGUACUACCACCAGAAGUUGCGCAUGUCGAUGGCCAUGUUCAGGCAGAUCAUAGCCGCGUGCGCCGCGUACAUGGAGAAGAAGGUCACGCACUACAGGAUGCCAUUGCAAGUGGAGCAGGUGAUCGCUUUCGCGUUGUACAGGCAUGCAGAAGCUGGCGAGCUGUUUGACGCACCUCCGGAGAAUCUCCCGCACGGUGUCUUCACGCGAGGUUACCUGCUAGGCAACAACGGUUAUCCAGUCGCCUGUCCAUGGAUCGUGCAGCCGUACGGAGGAAUCGACCAAGAUCCUAACGAGGAGCGCUUCGACACGCGGCAGAAGGUGGCGUGGGGGUGUGUGGAGAGGGCAUUCGGGUGGCUGAAGUGGAUGUGGCGUAUGUUCCUGCGCACCCACAAGACGAACCUGGACACCUUGCCACAACAAUUCGUGGCCGUGUGCACUCUCCACAACAUCCUCCUCGACGCGGGGAUCGACUUCGAUGAGAACCUUCUGUGGGAGGUGGAUGAGAACGACGUUCGGCGUAGAGUAGACUUGGGCAUUGUCGGGAACAGCGCGGGCGGGUGGCGACGGAGCACGAACGUGGACGGGGACUUGUUGUGGGAUGCACUUCGAGACCUCCUAGCUCUGAUGUAGGACCGUGCGCACGGGGGUGGGGGGGGGGUAAAGCGGGAGGACGUGGGUUGGUAAGAUUGGUAGGCGGGAGGAAUUGUGAUGUGGCCCGUGUCCAUGGUCGUCGUGCGCGAAGUUGCUGGAUCGAUUGAAUGGCAGCAUGGUUGUCGUUGAUAAGUUCCUUUGUUGUUUUCAUCGUGUGGACGGCUGCGUGGUCCGCACAGUUGUGCGAACGUUUAAUAUCGGAAGAACCUUUUUUUUUUUUUGUGACUCUCUCAAAAUGGUUUCUUGUUUUUUUUUUUUUUUUUUUUUUUUUUUUUUUUUUUUUUUUCUCCUUCUUUAAAUUGUUUGUCUUCAUCGGUGUCGUGUGGUGCCACGUUUUUUUUUUGGUUUUGGUGUAUCUCUUCAUUUGUUUUUUUUGUUUUUUGUUUUUUUUUGUGUGUGUCUCUUCAAUCCGUUUGUCACGCAUGUUUUCGUCUGGUGGUGUGGUGGGACGUCAAACAUGGCUGUUGAAAUCAUUGAUGAAAGCUGCUUAACGUAACUUUAAGACGACAAAUACAAACAGAGAAAGUUAAACAUAGAUUGUGUGCAUGCAUAGGAGGCAAUGAUCUUUGAAUCAUUCCACCGAAGAGACAAGAGCAGCGGACACAUGACAAAAAAAAAAGGUGCGCUAUGAAUUUUUUGUGCCGCGAACUGCCAUGAUAAAAAUACAAUACACGAAUGAAUUCAAAGAACUCGU